UUAAAUAGUUAUGAGGAUAUGAAGAUUUUGCCAACCACCAUUUUGUUAUUUGAAGUAACUUUGUUAGACUACUUUGUUUGGCUGGUACUUCCAUACAAAAAGUAGUGUGGCUAUUUCAAUCCCCAGUGACGUAAGGCGCUUAGGUCACAACACUCUAGGAAUCAUCUUCAGUUAAUAUGGGUGGAGUUUUUUCAAAUUUGUUCAGUCGUCUGUUCGGCAAAAAAGAAGUCCGUAUCCUGAUGGUUGGUCUGGAUGCUGCUGGCAAGACAACAAUAUUGUACAGGUUAAAACUUGGGGAAGUUGUUACAACUAUCCCUACAAUUGGAUUCAAUGUUGAAACAGUGGAAUAUAGAAACAUUAGUUUUACGGUGUGGGAUGUCGGUGGUCAAGAUAAAAUACGUCCUUUAUGGAGACAUUAUUUCCAAAACACUCAAGGUUUAAUAUUCGUGGUUGACAGUAAUGACACUGAUCGCAUUGGGGAAGCAAAAGACGAGUUGUUCCGUAUGUUACAAGAGGAUGAGUUACGAGAUACACUUCUUUUGGUCUUUGCAAACAAACAAGAUCUACCAAAUGCUUUAAAGCCUACUGAGCUUACAGAUAAAUUAGGACUACAUCAAUUACGGAACCGCACAUGGUAUAUUCAAGGAACAUGUGCCACAAACAGUUCUGGUUUAUUUGAGGGUUUGGAUUGGCUCUGUCAAAAUUUAGGCGGCAAGAAUUAAUAAGUCUUUUGCAUUUUCAUUCAAAGUGCUGUGAGACAACGGCGAUUGGCCUUUUUCUUCCUACUUCACAUGUUUCUUGGUUUCGCAAAAUCUGUUGUGUACAUGUGAUGUAACCAUGUGACUAGAUUUCCGCAAUAAUAAACAAGUGAAUUUCGGCCCAUUCGUCGCUUGCAUUUUUCCAUUUUCUUUUUAAACUUGUUAAUGUUUUAAUGCAAAAAACCAAAUGUCUUAUACGUGACUAACGUUACACUUCAUAUUUCGAUAUCUGAUUGUAAACUUGGCUAAUACAAUGUCCGUUCUAU